GCCGCGACACGCGCUCGCGGGGACCAAUAGGAGACGCCGCCGUGCCGGUGCGCGCUAGGGAAUCUGGUCGCGCGUUGAGCUAUGCAAUAGAGCGAGCUUGCUGUCAACAGUUGGCCUCGGAGCCCACACGGGAAAGCUCGCGAUCCCGUGGCGGAGCAGAGCCCAGGGAUGGAGCUCCACCGUGAGACUCAGGAGAGCAUCGAGGCUGCACGCCACUACCAGCAGGAGCUCCAGUGCCGAAUGGGCGAACUGCAGAGAGCCAUCAAUCAGGUGGAGGAGAGCGGGCGGCGUACGAGUGCCGAACUGAUGGUGCACUUCUCCGAGCUGGAGCGAGAGCUGACGGCGCGUCUUAGGGAGCGGCGUGACGCGUUACUCUCCCAAGUGGACACCCUGCGCCAUCGCGGGCAGCAGCCACUGCUCGAGUGCCAACGUCUGCUGCAGGCGAGCAUCUCCACCACCGAGGAGCUGCUAUGGGAAGGAGAAAAGGCAUUGCAGACAGAUCCAGAAAACAGAAAUCAAGCUCUUCUGGACUUUUCAAAAAAAUCUCUACAAAUGCAACUGCACAGCUUGCCGGAGGUGCCGUUGCUCGUGGAUGUGCCGUGCCUGUCGGCGCAGCUGGAUCCGUCUCUAUUGCGGGUGCUGUCUGGUCGCGUGGCGGAGCACGGCUCGCUGGCGACGCACGCACCCGUGCAGAUCUCGGAGCUGCGUGCGCGCCCUGGCGCCGUGCUUGUGCGCUGGAGCGAGCUGGAGGACGCCACGGCGUCGGUGCAGUACCGCCUGCAGUUUUGCCGCGGUCGGGCCACGCUGGACGGCGACGAGGGCAGUGGCGGCCCUGCGCCGACCUUCACGGAUGCGUACACGGGGCCCGAGCGCGAGUUCGCGCUGGCGCCCGUGGACGCCGGCGUCCACGUGACGUUCCGCGUGUGCACACGCCAUGGGCCCAAGGUUGCGUGGAGCCCCUGGAGCGUUCCACUGAUGGGCAGAACUCACCUCCACCCUUACGAGUGGACGCAGGGCAAUGACGGCUUCAGCCUGAGCAGCCGGCGCAACAUGGCGCUGAGGACAUGCGCUGCAGACGCGAGCCCAGUGCUCUACACGAGGGAGGCCAGCCUCACCUGCGGGGAGACCGCCACGUUCCGAAUUGAGGCGGUGGGAGCCACAGACCAGCGCGACGGUGUGGGGCUGAGCGUCGGCUCCCCCAGCGAUCUGGACUCCCUGCAGAGGGACGGGGCUAUCUGCAUCGCCACCAACGGAGCGGUGUUUGUCAACGGCAGGGAGAUGAUUAACCAGCUUCCGCCGCUGACGACUGGAUCGGCCGUAACGUUCGACAGCGAGCGUGUCGCGCCCUGCAAGCUGCGCGUCGCCAUCGGCUGUGGCCGCCGGGAGGUGCUGGUGGACUGGCCGCUCGGACAGCCGGCGCCCUCCCUGCACCUGGCCUGCCGCUUCAGCACCCCAGGCUGGAAAGUGCUGGCCUACUGACCCUGAACCAACACAGCCGCCAUUAAAAGGCAUACGCAACCUAAGACGCAAACUUCUGCCUUGCAGAUACACGCAACACCUACAUCAACCCAAUGCUUCACUUCCUCCAUUGGCUCCCAAUGCAAUCCCAGAGCAACUUCAAGAUCACCAUAACCCUUGUAAAAAUCCUUCGAAGACUCGCCCCCACCUGUCUCUCAUGUCAUCUCUCUCUUCCCUUCUCGUGCUCUCCAAUCCAGCAACUACGAAGUUCUCUUGAAGCCCCCCGUCAACCCUCGCACAUUAUCAAGUCGCUCCUUCUCCUCUGCUGCCCCUGUGGUCUGUAUGUUGAACUUCUUUCGCACUGUACUUAGCCAGCCCUCCAUAUUGCUGGCUUUCUCUUCUUGUCUGCCCAGAACUGAAUCUCUAUUCUAGGCAAAAAUGUAUACUAUAUAUAUCCACACCCUCGUUCCCUAUGAUACAUGCCCAACUAAUUUGUACAGCGUCUUGAGAUGUGGUUUGCAUUUUAUUGCAACGAAUUGACAACGGUGUAAACUGUUGUCAAUUACAAAACAUAAAUGUAUUUCAAAAAGCACUCCAGUGAUGUCAGUGCAGUGGUGCAGCCACAAAGCAGUGAUGCCACUUGAUCGUGAUUGUGACAAUCCUUCUUCUCAUGAACAAAGCUGCACACUUGCGUCAGUCCGUGACGCUCAACCCAGGUACAUUUCUUGAACUAUUUAAAGCGGCAUAAAGCUGUUCCAAACAGGAGACCAAAUAGGGUACAGGCAGGGCCAACCCUUGUUGCUAUGAACUGUGGGGCCUUUGUGCCUCUCCGUCCACUCAUCCACAUUGCCCCUCCCUGCCCACACUCCCUCCUGGUCACCUUGUGAGCCAGCGAGCCACCCCCACUGUGCACCUUUGCUGAGCAGGGCCAGUGGUCAGGAAACAUCUAUAUUUGGUGAUCUAAAAUGUUUCUUUUUCUACAAAAUUGAAUGUAAUAGUGUUUUCACCUACUGUUUCUAAAAUACAAAAUUCUCUUACAAUAUUGUGUUGUGAUCAGGUCUCGUGUUGCUUUAAACACGGUCCGGUGACCGGAGGAGGUGGCGAUUUUACCACCACCCACGAUCUCCAUGCCGCAGUGACCUGUGAACUAUGUCACUAUGAAGUCAGCCCUGGAACUGGGGAUCACUCUGAAGUGCUGCAUCUCACUUCUCAAAGUGGGCUCACCCCACAUACCCACACUCCCAGAGCGGUGCUGCCAGGCCCACCCAGGUCUCCGUGCGCUCCACGCGCUCCACGCGCUCCACGCUUCACCCGUGCCGAGCCCAGAGUAACUCCUGCCACAGUGGGAGUAAUGCGGAAAUUGGACGCACACUGGAUGACUCCCCUCGGUUAGUUCCGCUUCAAGGACAUCACUAAAGUAAACUUAACAUAUAGGUUUUUUACAGCCAAUAUGAUCCGUAGUUGAUUUUUGGGUUAGCCACGUACUUUUCCGGCAAUAUUUAUGUCGUUAAGACCCUGCAUGACCUGAUACGGCCAAAGAAAAUGUCACGUGUACAAGCGUUUAACGUGCCAAUUGUUGUUUUAGCUCAUUGGUAAUUUUAAGAAUGAUUCUCGCAAUUUAAUUUGGCUGCAUUAGGUGGUGAAUGAUCUUGACGACACAAAUUUGGCCAGAUCAUUACAUGGCCUUCCCCAAAAAUCAACUAUGAAUCAUCAGUAAAGUAAUACAUUGAGUAUUUAUUUACUCAAUAAUGUUAAUAAACACGGGCCUGUGUUAUAUAGUAUAUCAAAUUUUUUGGUCGAUUUUUUUCCCAAUCCCUUAUUCCCUGUCAACGGAGGGUGAUGAAGAAGCGAGGGGGGCCGAUGAGGAAUGGGCCGAGACCACAGAGCGUCGUGGAGCACGGGUACUACUGGACAUCUGCGAAAAAGAGCUUUAUAGUUCAUUGGAUUCCUCCAGUAUAAAUAAAUAUUGUCAUACUGACAUGGACCCAGAUCAUGCUAUUAACCCUAGAGCUAGGCCAUUCCUGGGACAAAAACAUCUGACCGCCAGUGACAGUGGAAACAUAGCUUGGCAGUAGCAACUGGGUCCAGAGGCUGCACUUGACGAGAUCCCACUUCUAUGAAUUAAACCGCACCCUGCUCCAGGCCACCUGAGCUGGUUGUCAAAGCCAGGCAUCGGGUGUGCAAGUAAGGCCAUUAAAACAGAAUUGUCUCAGCUGGGAGCAUCCAGCUGUGAAGAUGUGUGCUCAUUGCAAUACAGUUUGGGCAGGUAGGACUGAAGAAUGCAUGGGCAUUAAAUAUGAACGUUCAUCGUCAUUACAUUUCUGUUCAGGUUUUCCAGCACUUAAAGCAAAUUUCGUAAAUGUACCGGCUUCUCCCUAUGACAACCAGUCGGAGGGUUAUGGCCGUGGCCUCAAGGAAUUCCUUCGAGGAAACAAACCAGAGCCGAGAUCAAACGUAUCUUGGUGUUCAUAUGUUUUAACAGCUCUGAUGUUGCACUAUAAACAUCCUGAGAGGUUCUUUCUAUAAUAUAACCAAAUUGCAGUACAGUACUUGCAAAAAAUUAAGCUUGCCAAUUGCAAGUGUGAAACAGCACUCACCAUUCACUGCUUUAGGUGGAUAAAUCAAUUUGGGAUUGUUGUAAUACAUUUUUGAUUCUUAAUAUAUUUGUAUAAAGGUGGCAGUAUUUUUAGAUAAAGUCCAGAAACUUUGAACAUUCUGCAAUGCAAAUUUAUACAAGCACUACCUUUUUUAAAUAACAAAAUAUGGUUGGUUGUCAGUUGAAGUUACAUGCAUACUCCAUAAAAAAUGUGAAUUAGUACACUGAUGCGUGAUUUAUCACGCACCAUACAUGUAGGAGAUAGGUGACCCCUCGUCGGAAUGAUAUUUAGCCUAGCUGUUGAUAAAACUGUUCCUCUACUUGCAAAAACUUGGCAGAAUCCUGAAAAAGAGUCUAUAGACUCAAGCUUUUCUAGGUAAACAAGCAUAGCUAUAAAUGUAUGUUUGGACUGCAGCCCAGUGUUUUCAAUACAUGCCUUGUGUCCACGUUGAGGACUCUAAGUCCUCACGUGGCUGGAAUUCCCUUUGGCUUUGAGGUUGCGAUUGGAGCUGUGGUUCGUCAAACUGCUUUCCUGCAGGCGAGGCCCAGGACACACAGGAGCCUUCCGUGGUGCAAGGGUUGUGUUAGGGGAACAGGAACGCCGAGCUAAUUCCCAAGAUGUACGUGGCAGUGCGGAAGACUUACUGCUUGAUCUGUACCCAUGACUUCAUACGCUUGCUAGGCGCUGGUGGCUAUGCGUGCCUGUGACCCGGCACUUUGACUGAGGGUUGAUGGAUCACACAAAAAGCUGUGAACCUCCUCGUGCACGUCCAGGUGCCAUAACCUUGGCUUGCCUGAAGGCAGUGCAGGAAUUGUAGGCCCUCUUGUCAUUUUUGUAUGCGAUAGUGUUUCUCUCUCGCGGGCGUGAGGUUUUGUUCCAGGAAUUCCAGAUUCCUCCCACGUGUAACACUCAUUAAUUGGCUGAUAAUACCAUCUUAAAUAGAGGACUGCACAGGUCGGGGAAGAAGUUGGGGGCGGCUCACCACACGGCCACCUUUCCCACUUUUCCAUGAUUCCUUACACCUCUGAGCUGUUCUCUGAUAUUUAGCAAAAACCGCGUAGCGUUACAAGUUCAUGUUAUGUAGUUUACUUGUUUGCAAAACAUUUAAUCGAAAAAUGUUGACUUGAGUGUGUAGGAGACAAAAAACACAUUUUGUAUGUUGUGUUGACUGGAGUGAAAUUUUUUUAAAGAGAUGUUUGCGAUAGCAAAUUAUACUGUAGUGUAUGUGGAAUUGCCAGAGGUUGAUAUUCCUACAACUCUCCAAGCUCACCAUCAAUUCUGCUUUCGGUACCUUCAGUAACAUUCGUAGGCAUCUUCAUGGGCUGGGCAAUUCCAAAUGGAGAGGUGCAGAGUGAGCACUGCCAACCUCUGCUCAUGAAACCAUCGACAACCAUGUUAGCAUAAACGAAUACUGUACAUAUGUUGAAUGACCAGGAUUUUAAUAACACUACCACUGAGAAACACCACCUUUAGUUUUAUCAUUAAUACAUCAGAUUAUUCUGGCGAACUUUUCAAAUGUCAGCAGGGUGGUGCAAUGGGCCACGUCACCGGUAUGCUGGAAUGAGUGACGUUUAAAUGUCGGCUAUUUGCACGGACCGCACCUAAAUGUGGCAUUCGUUCCCAACCCCACUUGCUUUUUAAAAUGUCGAGUCAGCGUCACUCUGCUCAAGCAAGCAUUGGGUGGGGCUCGUCUCCACUGGGGUCCCGAAUCGGCAGUGGAGAUGACAUUUGGUGGAGACCCAUUCUCCAUAGGACGACAAUUUUUUACUUCCCACAAAGUGGUACGAAAUAAUCAACCCCAGAGGGAUGAUGGGGCGAGUGAAUCUGGCAGGUUUCAACUCCCAAUGUCCUGCUUGUUGAGUGCUGAAACCACCUUGCUGCAGUAGUCGUUGAGCAUGUAGUUGAAAAAAUUGGCAUUGUACCCUAGCAUGAGUAUCACGUCUAUAUUUUAACCUUGUGGUUGCCAAAGGUGCAAUUGUAAAGUUUAUAUGUAAUACAGUAAUAUACCUCUGUGUUGGAGUCAAAUUGGUAUUUUGUUGAAUUUGAAUUGUAUACAAUUUAAAAUUGUACAUUUAAUGUCUAAUAUUCUGCAUGAUUUUUAUUUUAAGAGUGGAUGUUAAUUUAGUUUUUUUUGUACCUUUUUAUACAAACUUUAGUUCACACAAUAAUCAUUGUAUUGUCAUCGUGCCUUAUUAAGCCAUAUUAAAACUCAAACAUUGGUU